AUGGCCGGCGUCGAUGAUAUUUUCAAACAGCGUUCUGGUGCUCCCGGCAGCAAGCGGAAACUCGAAGCCGUCAAAGAUCCGAGUGAGAUUUACAAAGCAGGCAAGUUGAGCGCCAAAGAACCCAAUCGCCGCGCCCAUGUAGCAGACGAUCGACGAGACGGUGGCGAAGCCGGGUACGACAAUGACGACGAUGACUAUGGCCCUGCGCUACCGCCGGGAGACGAGAACGAUGCCGGCGAAGACGAUGAGGGUCGUUUCUUCGGCGGCGGCAUCAGCAAACAGGAAUCCCAGAUCCUCGACUUUGUCGACGAGGCCGGCACCGCCGACGAGGCUCCGGACAAGAUUGACGCCGCGUGGCUCCGCAAAACAGUCCUCAGCUUCGAAAAGCGCAUUACGAAAAACGCCGAGUUGCGAGCCAAGCACGAGCACGACCCGCAAAGAUUCAUCGGCAGCGAAGCCGACUUGGACUCGGACAUCAAGGGGCUCUCCAUACUUUCGGAGCAUCCGGAGCUGUACCCCGAGUUUGUAAAGCUCGGCUCCGUCAACAGCCUCGUGGGCCUCCUUGCGCACGAAAACACGGACAUUGCCAUUGAUGUUUUGGAGAUUAUUGGUGAGCUAACGGACGAAGAUGUCUCUGCCCAAGACGACCAAUGGGAUCUCCUUGUGGACGCCCUGAUGGAAGCAGAUCUCAUUGGGCUCUUGGGGUCAAACUUGUCGCGACUAAACGAAGACGACGAGGCGGACCGGAACGGCGUGUAUUACGCGCUGGGCAUCAUAGAAAAUCUGUCGUCGCGCUCAGCAACAGCCACGCGCAUUGCCCAGGAAGGGACUCUCCUCCAGUGGCUCCUGCAGCGCAUCCGGCGCAGCGAAUCGCCCGUCUCCCAAAACAAGCAGUACGCCGCCGAAGUCGUCGCCAUACUAUCUCAAGCAUCCCUCGAAAACUGCCAGCAGCUCGCCAUACUCGAUACGGUCGACACGCUUCUCCAGCUAGUGUCAACGUACCGCAACCGCGACCCGGACAAGGGGAGCGAAGAGGAGGAAUACAUGGAAAACCUUUUCGAGGCCCUGACGUGCAUCGCCGAUCAACCUCUGGGGAAAACCAAGUUCCUCGAAGCAGAGGGCGUGGAACUGUGCCUCAUCAUGCUCAAGGACGGCAAGAAGAGCAAAUUCCCGGCUCUGCGGCUCCUCGACCACGCUUGCGGAGGCGCAAGCGGCGCGCGAGUCUGCCUCAAGAUCGUGGAAGCCGGGGGCCUCAAGGGCGUCUUCACGCUGUUCAUCAAGUCCAAGGAUAACCGUCUGCUGACGCACCUCCUGGGGCUGUUUGCCUCCAUGCUGCGCUUGUUGCCGGGGGAGUCCGCAGAGAGGAUACGCACCUUGGCCAAGUUUGUCGAGAAGGACUACGAGAAGACGGCCAAACUGGUCCGGCUGCACGGAGAGUACAGCACGCGCGUCCAACGAGCAGCGCAGGAGUACGCGCCCGGGGAUGCUGAAGACGACGAGGCCGCAGAGAUUGCGUUAUUGUCAAGGAGGCUAGACGCCGGCCUGUUCUCUCUGCAGCAGAUUGACGUCGCGCUGGCGUGGCUAGUUGCCGAGGACGUCGGGGCUCGAAAGAAGAUCAAGCAGCUCCUCGAGGAGAAGGGUGGGCGACUGUCCGACCUAGCCGAGGUUCUAUCCGAGCAGCAAAAGGGGCUGGAUGUGUCAGAAGAGGACAGCAGGGACUUGAGUGACAUGUUGGGGAUAUUGAUGACGUUUCUGCGGUAA